AUGGAAGCUUCCCUGAACCACCCAACAUCUGAUAAAACCAGCACAAAGAGCAACAACUCUGCAUUUUUUUACUUUGAGUCCUGUCAACCCCCUUCUCUAGCCUUACUGCUAUUACUCAUAGCCUAUACUAUGGUCUUAAUUGUGGGCCUUUUUGGAAACCUCUCUCUCAUCAUCAUCAUCUUUAAGAAGCAGAGACAAGCUCAGAAUGUCACCAACAUACUGAUUGCCAAUCUCUCCUUCUCUGACAUCCUGGUGUGUGUCAUGUGCAUCCCUUUUACUGUCAUCUACAUUUUGAUGGACCACUGGAUAUUUGGGGACACCAUGUGCAAACUAACCUCCUACGUGCAAAGUGUCUCAAUCUCUGUAUCCAUAUUCUCACUUGUAUUAAUUGCUGUUGAAAGACAUCAGCUAAUUGUGAACCCCUGUGGCUGGAAGCCCAGUGUAUCUCAUGCCUACUGGGGCAUCACAUUGAUUUGGCUAUUUUCUCUUCUGUUAUCUAUUCCCUUCUUCCUGUCCUAUCAACUCACCAAUGAGCCCUUCCACAAUCUCUCUCUCCCCACUGACCUCUAUGCCCACCGGGUGGCCUGUGUAGAGAACUGGCCCUCCAAAAUGAACCAGCUCCUCUUUACCACCUCUCUGUUUAUGGUCCAGUAUUUUGUCCCUCUGGCCUUCAUCCUCAUCUGCUACCUGAAGAUUAUCAUCUGCCUCUGCAGGAGAAAUGGGAAGGUCAACAGGAAGAGGGAAAAUGAUGGCCGGCUCAGUGAGAACAAGAGGAUCAACACAAUGUUGAUUUCCAUCGUGGUAACCUUUGGAGCCUGCUGGCUGCCCUUGACAUCUUCAAUGUCAUCUUUGACUGGCAUCCUGAGGUGCUGA